CAGAAACGACAGGUAGUUCACCGUUCGGCCUCGGUUCUUCAUCAUUAGAGAGAGAGAUAUACGUGUUUUCAAUUUUUGCAGAAUACUUGAGGUCCUUUUCUUUUGGAGGAUUUUACUGGCUGUUCUGAGACUUGUUAAUGGCUCGCUCAGUGCCGGGAUUAGGUGAAACCCCCGGCGGACAUUCCCAGGUUUUCCCUCUCGACCCCGAUUGCAUCAACCAGCGAGUCGACGAGGUUCUUAAUUGGGUUGAUUCGCUUGAGCAUAAGCUGAAGCAAGUAGAGGACUUUUACUCGAGCAUUGCCGUCGCAAACUCUGGCUCUAGGCAUGUUGUUGGUGGGGUUAGGAAAGUUCAACAAGAGGCGGCUCGUAGGGAAGCUGUUGCUGCAAAAAGAAUGCAUGACCUCAUGCGUCAAUUCGGAACAAUCUUCCGUCAGAUAACUCAGCAUAAGUGCGCAUGGCCUUUUUUGCAUCCUGUCAAUGUAGAAGGUCUUGGUUUGCAUGACUACUAUGAGGUUAUUGACAAGCCCAUGGACUUCAGUACGAUAAAGAAUCAAAUGGAGGCUAAGGAUGGUACCGGGUACAAACAUGUUAUGCAAGUAUAUGCUGAUAUGCGGCUUGUGUUUGAGAACGCAAUGAAGUAUAAUGAAGAAUCAAGUGACGUUUACUCUAUGGCGAAAACAUUGCUGGGAAAGUUUGAGGAGAAAUGGGCACACUUUCUUCCAAAAGUUCAAGAAGAGGAGAAAAUACGGGAGGAAGAGGAGAAGCAAGCCGCAAUGGAUGCGCUGCUAGCAAAAGAAGCAUCUCAUACCAAAACAACUAGAGAAUUGAGCAAUGAGAUUUACAAUGCUAAUGACGAGCUGGAGAAACUAAGGAAUAUAGUUGUGGAAAGAUGCAGGAAAAUCACAACUGAGGAGAAGCGUAAUAUUGGUUUGGCGUUCUUGAAAUUGUCUCCAGAUGAGCUACAGAAAGUGUUGGGUAUAGUUGCUCAGGCUAACCCGAGCUUCCAUACUAGAGGAGAGGAAGUGGAUAUUGAAAUGGACUUACUGGACGAACCAACACUGUGGAGGCUAAAGUUUUUUGUGAAGGAUGCGUUGGAGAUUUCAACGAAGAAGAAGAAGGAAGAAGAGACAAGAAAGGAUGAAGAUCGGAGAGAGACACAACACAAAGAGGUUUCUAACAAACGAAAUGCGACUAACAAGUUAGCAGAGAGAAGAACGAAGCGGUCACGCGUGUGAUUUCACAGUUGUUGCUUUUGAGUACACACGAAUCUCAAGAGGAAAACGUCUUUCUCUUUGUAGAAAAUAGUUUUGUGGUCGUUGUGUAUAUCAGAUACCAUACACUAGCUUUGUAUAAUAGAAAAAAUGCAAUCUUUAAAAAGCUUUUGCUUUUGUGAUAUUAGAUAUGGAUAUAAAGAGAGAGAGAGAGGGAGAGACAGAGAUUAAUAAAUUUAGCAAUAAUCAGGGUUAGUGUGUAUAUAAACGUGCUUGUAUUCAUGUGUUUACAUCGUCUCUCUUCUCUCUCGGUUUCUGCAUGAAAAUGGAAGAAUAUACGGCGAAGAAGGAUGGGACUCCAGCUUUGGAAAUUGGUUUAGCAGAUAGAUCGAUUUGGAUACUGAAAUGCCCUUCUCUCGUCGCUUCUUCUCUCCAAUAUUUUCCUUUUCCUGACGAAUCGUACCGUCCUGUCGCCAAAGUCGCCCUCGCCAUCGAUCCUCUUGCCACCGAGGACGAAGAAACCAAAUUCGUAAUGGAGUUAGCUCGAGCUGAAUCUGGAAACAUUCCAAAACGUUAUGCCUUGGAUAUGUCUAAGGAUUUCAUUCCUAUGUGUGCUUUCUCUGAUACUUCAGACGGUAAUGAGAUUUCUCCUGUCCCAUAUGCUUCAGUAGCAACUGUUGGCUCUUUUGGACGAAGAACGACAGCAGAAGGGAAGAUUAAGAACAAAUUUGACAUGAGGCCUCAUAACGAGAGCAUCGAGAGCUAUGGACAGCUGUGCCGCGAAAGGGCAAGCAAGUAUAUGUGCAAAAAUAGACAGAUCCAGGUCAUCGGUAAUGCCAGUGGAAUGCAUCUGAGACCGAUGCAGCCAAUGAUUAUCCCCACCGCGAAUCCUGACAAGAAGAAAUUGACAAACAAGACAUCGGAUAUGAAGAGAACAAGAAGGGACCGGAGAGAGAUGGAGGAGGUCAUGUUUAAUCUCUUUGAAAGACAAUCUAAUUGGACUCUGAGGCUGCUUAUUCAAGAAACCGACCAACCAGAGCAAUUCCUGAAAGACUUGCUGAGAGAUCUUUGCAUCUACAACAACAAAGGAAGCAACCAAGGAACUUAUGAGCUUAAGCCUGAGUACAAGAAAGCCACACAGGAAUAGAAUCAACUCUCUCUCAAUGUCUUUUGGUCAAAAGGUUUUUUUUUUGUUCCAAAUUUUGGAAAGUAACUUAAUAAGUUUGAUUUCUACUUAAUAAGUUACUUCAAAUUGUAACUGCUGUUUAUGACUUUAAUAACAAAGAAAGGUUCGUUAGAUACUA